GGGCAGCGCAGCGGAUCAUCCCUGGGAUCUGGAGAGGAAAGCGAGCUUACUUCUUUAUGCUGCCUCGGAAAUAACACCACAGCGCCAAGAUGGACCUGAAGCUGCUCUUAAUAUCUGCAUUGUUAGGAGUCUUCUGUAAUGCUCAGAAAGAGGGGAACGAGUGCAUCAAUGCCAACGCCAAAUUCUGCGGGGAGUGCAUCCAGGCUGGAGCCAAAUGUGGCUGGUGUACAGACCCAGACUUCCUGAAACAAGGAGAAACUGUGUCGACCCGAUGUGAUGAGCUGCAGUCUCUGAGGAAAAGAGGCUGUAAAGAUGAUAUGAUUGAGAACCCACGUGGAGAGCAAAGGAUCCUUAGGAACAAAAUGGUGACAAAUCGCAAAAAGGGAGCAGAGAAACUGAAGCCAGAGGAAAUCACUCAGAUCCAGCCCCAGAAGCUCAGCCUCACCCUCCGAUCUGGCGAGCCACAAUCUUUCAACUUGAAGUUUAAACGAGCGGAAGAUUAUCCCAUUGACCUGUACUACUUGAUGGACCUCUCCUACUCCAUGAAGGACGAUCUGGAGAAUGUCAAGAACCUGGGAACCAGUUUGAUGCUGGAGAUGUCAAAGAUCACUUCUGACUUCAGGAUAGGCUUUGGCUCCUUUGUGGAGAAGACAGUCAUGCCAUACAUCAGCACCACCCCAGCCAAGCUGUUGAACCCGUGCACGGGUGACCAGAACUGCACCAGCCCGUUCAGCUACAAGAACGUCCUGAAGCUGACAAGCGACGGCACGAAAUUCAACACCCUGGUGGGUCAGCAGCACAUCUCUGGAAACCUGGACUCUCCUGAGGGGGGCUUCGAUGCCAUCAUGCAAGUGGCUGUGUGUGGGGAGCAGAUUGGUUGGAGGAAUGUGACUCGCCUGCUGGUGUUCUCCACUGAUGCUGGCUUCCACUUUGCUGGAGAUGGCAAACUGGGUGGCAUCGUACUGCCCAAUGAUGGAAAAUGUCACUUGGAGAACAAUGUGUACACCAUGAGCCACUACUAUGACUAUCCCUCCAUUGCUCACCUGGUUCAGAAGCUGAGCGACAACAACAUUCAGACCAUCUUUGCAGUCACAGAGGAGUUCCAACCUGUUUACCAAGAGCUGAAAAAUCUGAUACCAAAAUCUGCAGUGGGCACCCUGUCUGCCAACUCAAGCAAUGUUAUCAACCUUAUUAUAGAUGCUUACAAUUCUCUCUCCUCCGAGGUUAUUCUGGAGAACAGCAAGCUUCCAGAGGGAGUGACCAUUGCUUACACGUCCCGCUGUAAGAACGGAGUGGUUAGUGAAGGUGAAAGUGGACGGAAGUGCUCCAAUAUCUCUAUUGGAGAUGAGGUCACAUUUACCAUUAGCGUGACAUCUAAGGGCUGUCCAAAGCAAGGCAAGUCUGAGACCAUCAAGAUAAAGCCGCUGGGAUUUACGGAGGAGGUGGAGAUUAUUCUCAACUUCACCUGCGAGUGUGAAUGCCACAAAGAUGGUAUCGAGAACAGUGACCUCUGCCACUUUGGUAACGGGACCUAUGAAUGUGGAGCCUGCAAGUGUAAUGAGGGACGUGUGGGUAGACAGUGUGAAUGCAGCAGCAAUGAUGUAGCAACGGAGGAUAUGGACCGGACCUGCCGUAAAGACAACGGCACCGACAUCUGCAGCAACAACGGAGACUGUGUGUGCGGCACGUGUGAGUGCAAGAAGAGAGACAAUCCCGAGGAGAGGUACAGCGGCCUGUACUGCGAGUGUGACAACUUCAACUGUGACCGCUCUGGAAACAAGCUGUGUGGAGGACAUGGACGCUGUGAGUGCAGGGUGUGUGUUUGUGACCCCAUGUGGACCGGCAGUGCUUGUGACUGUUCUCUGGACACCAGCACAUGUCUGGCCGGCAACAAGCAGAUCUGUAAUGGCAGAGGGACGUGUGAGUGUGGCACUUGUAAGUGCACUGACCCCAAAUUCCAGGGUCCCACCUGUGAAACCUGCCCUACCUGUCCAGGAGUGUGUACUGAACACAAAGAGUGUGUCCAGUGUCGGGCGUUCGGCACCGGCGAGAAGAAGGACACAUGUGAACGUGACUGUAGCUACUUCAAACUGAUUAAAGUGAAAGACAGAGACAAGCUGCCUCAGCCCAACGAUGCCUCCUACCCUGUGAUGCACUGUAAGGAGAGAGACGCUAACGACUGCUGGUUCUACUAUACGUAUGCUGUCAACAACAACACAGAGAAGGAGGUCCAUGUGGUCGACACUCUGGACUGCCCCGCUGGUCCUGACAUCAUCCCCAUUGUGGCAGGCGUGGUUGCCGGCAUCGUCCUGAUUGGCUUAGCCCUGCUGCUCAUCUGGAAGCUGUUGAUGAUCAUCCACGAUAGAAGAGAGUUUGCCAAGUUCGAGAAGGAGAAGAUGAACGCCAAAUGGGAUACGGGUGAAAAUCCCAUCUACAAAAGUGCCGUCACGACUGUGGUCAAUCCCAAAUAUGAAGGCAAAUGAUGGCACCGUAGUUUUCGAAUGAACUCUGCUAUCAAGUGUUUGACAUCUGCAGUAUGUACCGUAGGUUUGGGUUCUGAGGGGAACUCAUUGUGGCAUUUAUGUCAUUUCCUCUUGUCGCUUUGUCAUUAUAAUGUACCAUUCUGCCACUGCAUCUGUAUUUUUACUAACACAUAUGAUUUAUAUGCUUUUGUUGUAUUUUAGAUGUACAGUAUACAAUAUGUGUAUAUACUUUUAAGUUGCAUAUUUGCAGAAGUUGAAGGAGUUUGUUUUCCUGCCACAGGACUGGUAUGGGCAGAGGAUUUAGCUUUUUUUUUUUUUUUUUUUUUU